AUGGCCUUGAAUGAGUCAACCACUAGUCAGGGAUAUGACGAAACCAAUGGAGAUGAAGAACACCUUCUUCUUCUGCCAGGAGGCAGACAGUUGGCCUACACUUACAACGGUCCUACCACUUCCCGAACCGUUGUCAUAUUCUUUGUGGGAAUAAUGAGUGUCGGCACAGCUGCUCACGUCCCUGAGUCGUUCCGUGAGAAACAGGCUCUCUGGAUCUCCCCAACACUCUCUGGCAUGGGGAAUUCAAGCAAUCGCGAUCACUCACUGCCGUACCAGGUCACUUUGGCCAACGAUAUGAAUGCACUUCUAAGUCACUUUUAUCCUACGGGCGAUUUUGAUGCUCUAUAUCUUGCAGGUGGUUCAUACGGCACUAUUCAAGCGCAAAUGCUAUACGGGGCACCAUAUGAUCUCUUUCCCUUUGGUCGAAAAAUUGUCGGCUGUCUUUUGCUCAGCGGCUUCUCUCCGCUCAAGUACCAUGUAGGAUACGCAAAGAAAAUUAAUUGGCAUAAUUGGUUUUCUUUUGGGCCACCAACUAGGAUUAUCCCAUUUCGCUUACUACAGCAUCUGUUCAAGAUUGCCAUCGGAUCUAAGCUGCACUCUAUCGACGGCGCGACGCAUUUUCUCAAAGAAGCCAUAUUCAACAAGAUGGAUAACGAGGAGAAACAAAUAUUUGACGAAUGGCUGCAAAAGAACGACUUCACAGAACAUACGGUUAUUAGCGAAAUGGCAGAACGCACGGUCAAAUGCUGCAACAACUGGGAUGGCUUCAUGGAAGUAUCCGACAUCAUUCAUUCUGACUGGGGGUUUGAUCCCCGUACUUUAGACGCAGAGCACUCUUCAAAGCCUGUGUUAGUUGUGGGGUCCAGGAAGGACUACAUCGGGGGAGGGACUAACGAUUGGCUUGUAGCCAACUAUAAGUGUGCGAGGCUCAAGUUGUUGCCUGGAGGUCACAUAUCAGCGUUGUUUUUCAUGGACGAGAUAUGCAAGGAGAUGAUUGACGACGCCUGCCAUAUGUGA